GCGAAUAGUUUUGAGAUUGUCUCUGUAUAGAAUCUACUCUGUGCAUCUCAUAAGGAUUUACGCAAUAUAUGUAAUUGCAGCGCGAAUGUCGCGAUCAGUCAGUUCCGAAGUAACCACGAGUCAACAUGGAUUACAGCAAUAAAGUAAUUAUUAUAACAGGCGCAAGUUCAGGCAUCGGCGCGUCAUGUGCCCUUCACUUCGCCGAGUUACGUGCGAAACUAUCACUUGUAGGCAGAAACGUCGAUAAACUUCGCAAUGUUGCUGAAGAAUGUGAGAAAAUUAGCGGAACCAAACCUCUUACUAUCGCCGCUGAUAUAAGUGUUGAAGAAGACAAUGAACGAAUCAUACAAGAAACAUUGAAAAGGUAUGGAAAACUAGACGUCCUAGUUAACAACGCCGGAAUAUUAACUCUAGCGGGUUGUCUUGAUAAUAUUAAAAUUUUUGAUCAGAUGGUUGCAACGAAUGUUCGUGGUACCUAUCUUUUAACCCAGAAAGCGAUACCAUAUUUAAUUGAGACGAAAGGAAACAUAAUAAAUGUAUCCAGUGUUGCGUCACAAAGUGUUAUAUCACCAAUGACAGCCUAUUCAAUGACCAAGGCAGCUCUUGAUAUGUUUACAAAGUGUGCAGCGUUAGAAUUAGCUCCCAAAGGUGUGAGAGUGAAUGCGAUUAAUCCAGGUCCAGUGGUAACGAACUUAUUUAAAGCUGGUGGCUUUAGUGAUGAGGCUAGUGAUGACUUCUACGCAAAUAUGCAGAAAAUGAUGCCUCUGAAGAAGGUAUCCCAAGCAGAAGAUAUAGCUAAGUUAAUUACAUUUUUAGCCAGUGAUGAUGCUAAAUGCAUUACUGGUACUACUAAUUUAAUUGAUUGUGGCUUGCACCUAGGACAACCAUUACUUUGAAUAUUAUUCAUGCAAAAGUUAAUAAUAUUUAAUAUUUAAUUGGUUUGACCUAAAAAUGUGUGUUGAUAAUUAUAGAAUAAAGGAGUAUUGUUUAAUUUAAUUGAUUUUUAACUUAAUUUAAAUUUCCAAUUUAGAUCUAAACAAAGUUGUAGAAACAUAUUAAAAUAUAUUUAGCGUUGUUUUAACCUAUACUAACAAAAGGCUCCGGUAUGAAGAUAAGGCUGCACGGAGGUUUACGUGGUGUUCAAUGACUAUCAUUUAGAUAGCGUUUUCCUCGAAGUGUUUCUGUUCAGCGUGGCGUGAAAUAUAUUUGGUUAUCUAACACCGCCCGUCCCCCAGGUGUGUCUAAUCCGGCAUUAUCUCGUUAAUUUUCGCCUGUAAUCUUAUAAUUUGAUUGGGCCGUAACGUCGUAAUAAUAGGAUAUUUUUUGUGAAAUUCUUAAACAAAAAAGACGAAUAAAUGAUAACUUAAUCUUG